CAUCCAUUGUUGCCUUUCAUUGUUGUCGAUAACGAAUAAUUUUGCUGUUUUUAUUUGACUUGUAAUUGUAAUUGUUUUAUUAAAUUACAUACUAGCGCAUGUGUAUUUAUAGUCGUAUAUACGUGUUAUUAUAUAAAUCAUCAUUAGUUGCAACCCAAUUCUGUUGUUGUGUGGAUUGUAAAUGUUUUAAUGCGCAGCCCCAAGUAAAUAAAUAAAUAUAUGGAAAAUGAUUAAAAUGUGAUCCUGUGCUGGUGCUCUUCUUGAACGCAGCGGUAUCGCAAAUUACCCUGGUUACACGCUAGUGUCGUCUUCGAAAUGCAAUGAUCGCCUCUAAACAAUUCUCGCUACUGCUGCUGUUGCUUGCUCACGCAUGCGCACGACCCGAUGAAUUGCCUGCCAAGCUGCUGACGGAAAGAGUUUCAGAGGCAUCGACAUCUGCAGCUGCUUCACCAUCUCCUUCACCUCCCCCCACCAACAGUCACACAAUCAAUUGAGUCGCCUAUUGCUACAACGAUAGCAACGACGCCAGCAGAGAGGUCUGUGGAGUCGGAGAAACUAGAGACUCCAGCGGCGCCCACAACGACGGCUGCAUCACCAUUACCCGAAAGCUCCACAAGCACGGAAGUGCCCGAGUAUUUAAAGAACUGCUUCUAUGCGGAGGAGAAAUUGUGCCUUAAUUGGCUAGCCACUGGCAAUGAUCUAAAUGCAGCCGAACGUAACGAUGCGGGCAAUGCUGGUGGACAGCAGGAAUCUGGUGACAGUGUCGCCGCUCCCACUCCUACUGCAGGUUCCGCUGCCGGCGAUCCAUCGGAGAACCUAACCAUGAACAGUGGGCAGGUCGGCAGUCAUGAUCGCGACAUUAAUAGCUGCCAGUGUCGUGAGCAUCCGACGCGACCCGGCUCUUGGUAUUGCUGCAACCUCUCACACAUCAAUAUGAUCUCAAGUUGCGGCAACAUAUCGAAAUGGACGAAUCUACAUGUGCGAAACCUAACCGUGCCAGCCUUGGAUCUCUUGAACUCUAUGUUUCGAUCGCUGCAGUCGCUCGCCAUCACAGACGGCAACAUCACGCAGUUGACGAAUGCAUUCCCCAAGUUUUCGGCUCUGCGAUGCCUUGAUUUUUCCAACAACAAAAUUGUGGAGAUCGCGCCGCGCGCUGUUAAGGAUGUGCCCCAUCUGGAGUUUUUUGGCAUAGCGAACAACCUUUUAUCACGCGUACCGAAUCGUAAUCAGAACAAGAACAUGCCCCUAGAUAUUAGUGGCAAUAUGCGAAUGCUUUGCGAACCGCUCAACGAUCUCAUCUAUACGGACUCAUUCAUCUUUGUUAAUCCGGAUCGUUCAUUCUGUUUGUACAAUGCCACACACAAGUGGUUUAACUCGACGGAUUUGGUGUCCGUCAAGCAACUGGAGAGCAUCAAAAAGUGUGGCACUAAAUGCCCAACCAACUGUGUCUGCAAUAUAUACAACAUAAUGAUAAUACAGAACGAUCAGUCAAAGACCGUAUGCAAUGUGGAUUGUUCAAAUCUAGGCUUGGUUGAGCUGCCGCAACAGCUACCGGAUAACACAUUUACCCUGAACAUCAGCAAUAACAGGAUAAGCAGUCUGGGCGAUCACUUUCAUACGAAUCCCACAUACUAUAAUAUUGUGAAGCUAGUGGCCGAUAACAAUCAAAUAUCCUCAAUUUACGAAUUUGAAGGGACCAAGUUCAUUGAGCAUUUCCAACGCCUUUACAUGCGUAACAAUUCUCUGAGUAAGAUUCCCGAAUACUUUUUAAACAACGCUUUAAUGGAUACGGAUGGACGUCGCAUUUAUCUAGCGGAAAACCGAUUGCAGUGUGAUUGCAAUUCGGCAAAAACACUUCAAAACUGGCUGAAGGAACGCAGCACCGAUAUACCCGACUAUAUGGAUAUUAGAUGCCGCAAUUUACCUCAGAGCGUCAUCGAGCUGCAGGAGAGUAAACUGUGUCAAUCGCCACCCGACUGGACCGACUACAUAUACUACUUGAUAGCAGCUGAAGUAAUUCUACUACUCGCACUCAUCACCAAGGUUUCCUACGACUAUUGGGUAUUCAAAACAUCGGGUUACUUGCCAUGGCCAGCCAGCAAAAUGCCAAAGUUGCCCUGUGACUGGCUGUGUGAAUCGUAAUUCACACGACAGUGUUGUGUGCUGAAUUAUCAUAUUUAGAACAUAUCCAAUGUGUUUACAACAUGAACAUGACAAAGUACUUUGUUAUAUACCGAUUUCAAUCAAUGUGCCUUCUCUACACAUAUGUAAUUAUGAACUGUUUUAAAUGUUGAUAUAUCAAUAAAAAGAGUGAGUAGUAUAUUCUUA